AUGAUUAUCAAAAAGCCACUCAAUAAUUUUUCUGAAUAUGAACAUUGUCAUAAAUUAUUAAGCGAACUGAAAAAUCAACUUGAAACAAAAAUUAAUCCUCAAUUAGUUGUUGCUUUGAGUGGACAUGAUAUUAGUUCAUGUCAAAAAUUCUAUGCAAUAUUCAGUCAAAUUGGCUCCGAACGAAUCAUUGCAGAAACUGGUGCAGGUCAACAUGGAGUAGCUACAGCAACUGUUUGUGCAAAAUUUGGAUUAGAAUGUGUUAUUUAUAUGGGCAGUGAAGAUGUUAGAAGACAGGCUCUAAAUGUAUUUAGAAUGAGAUUAUUAGGUGCAAAAGUUAUAUCUGUAGAUUCUGGUAGUAAAACUUUAAGAGAUGCUAUUAAUGAAGCUAUGAGGGAUUGGGUUACGAAUGUUCAUAAUACUCAUUACCUUGUGGGAUCAGCAAUUGGUCCCCAUCCUUUCCCAACUAUUGUACGAGAAUUUCAAUCAAUAAUUGGAAAAGAAGCCAAACAACAAAUGUUGCAAAAAGCUGGUAAAUUACCUGAUGCUAUUUUAGCAUGUGUAGGUGGUGGCAGCAAUUCUAUAGGAUUAUUCUAUCCAUUUAUUGAAGAUAAAAGUGUAAAACUUAUUGGAGUUGAAGCUGGUGGUGAUGGAAUUGAUACGGAAUUUCACUUGGCUACUUUAACUGUUGGAACACCAGGUGUAUUACAUGGAACACAUACAUAUUUGUUACAAGAUGAAAAUGGACAAAUUAAAGCAACACAUAGUAUUAGUGCAGGAUUGGAUUAUCCAGGUGUAGGACCUGAACAUUCAUGGCUAAAAGAUACAGGUCGAGCUCAAUAUGUAGCAGUUACUGAUACAGAAGCUUUAAUAGGAUUCAAAAAAAUUCAUGCCAUCUAUUAUGCAUUAGAACUUGCAUCAAAAAUGCGAAAAGAUCAAGAUAUUUUGUUAUGUGUUAGUGGUCGUGGAGAUAAAGAUGUAAGUUCAGUAGCAGAAGCUUUGCCAAAAUAUGGACCUAAAAUUGGAUGGGAUAUGACAAUAGAUUUUAAACUAUAA